AUGUAUCCCAACCACGAAGAUUUCUAUAUCUACAGUGAUAACAAUGGCUCUUUCAGUUGCACUCCCAAUCACAUUUACUACUUUGUUCGCCACUUUUCAAACCACACUAUCUACGACAUUGGUUUAAACAACGAACCAGUAGAAAAUAGUGAAACGAAUACAACCGUUUCAACCAACAAUGCCACCAUUCGCACACACCACUCAAGCGAAAGUGACAAGGCCGAACUCGAUAUUAUCGGUGGCGAAAUUUGGGCAGUCCGGGGAGACUGUACUGUUCGUUUUGAAUUGCCAUCGUCGGAAAACGAGAUCCGCAACAUAAUUAGGGUGUGGCGAAGGCGGGGAAAGGGUAAGAAGCAUGUUAAUCCAUUUAUGGUAUACCGUGCACUCUUAUCCAAAAACCUAGAUUAUAAGAAAAGGGAAUUCCGGAAUGGUGGCUUUCAAUGUUAUAUUAGCGAAUUCGCAAGCAAGACUUGGAAGGGAAAAACCGACUCUGCUAAAAAGGCUAUAGAAAAUCUUGCGGCAGAAAUAAACAAAUAUAUAGAGGCAGCAAAUAUUCGGAGCACACUUUGA